CUAUUAUUCAAUAUGAGGUAAAUAUAUAAACAAAUCCAUGUCGAUACAUAUAAAGCUAAUAAAAAACAAAAAGUAACGAACCUUUGCAAGAACUCCAAGAUAACGAAAUCGAGUCCAACUGGGAAGAAGUUAUUGAUAACUUUGACAACAUGAACCUUAAGCCCGAACUUCUUCGUGGUGUUUAUGCAUAUGGGUAAGUGAGUCAAUAGAAUGAUACAAAACUAAACAUUCUUUUAUAGUUUUGAAAGACCUUCUGCUAUUCAACAACGUGCUAUUAUGCCCGUUAUCAAAGGUCAUGAUGUGAUUGCCCAAGCUCAAUCUGGUACUGGUAAGACUGCCACUUUCUCUAUCUCUGUGCUUCAAUCUAUUGAUGUUUCCCUCCAGGAACCUCAAGCAUUGAUCUUGGCACCUACUAGAGAAUUGGCUCUCCAAAUCCAAAAGGUUGUUAUGGCCCUCGGUGACUUUAUGGGUAUCAAGAGUCACGCCUGUAUUGGUGGUACCAAUAUCCGUGAAGACAUUGCUUCUCUUCAAUCUGGUGUCCAAGUCGUUGUUGGUACUCCUGGUCGUGUCUUGGAUAUGAUCCAAAACAGACGUGCUUUUAACACCAAGUACAUGAAGUUGUUUGUUCUUGAUGAAGCUGAUGAAAUGUUGUCCCGUGGUUUCAAGGACCAAAUCUACGAUGUCUUCCAAUUGAUGCCUGAAUCUACUCAAGUUGUCCUUCUCUCUGCUACCAUGCCUGCUGAUGUAUUGGAAGUCACCAAGAAGUUCAUGAGAGAUCCUAUCAGAAUUUUGGUCAAGCGUGAUGAAUUGACUUUGGAAGGUAUCAAGCAAUUCUACAUUGCUGUCGAUAAGGAAGAAUGGAAGUUGGAUACUUUGUGUGAUUUAUACGAAACUGUGACUAUCACUCAAGCUGUUAUUUUCUGUAACACCCGUAGAAAGGUCGACUGGUUGACUGACAAGCUCCAAGCCCGUGAUUUCACUGUCUCUGCCUUGCACGGUGAUAUGGACCAAGCUCAACGUGAUGUCAUCAUGAAGGAAUUCCGUUCUGGUUCUUCUCGUGUCUUGAUCACCACUGAUUUGUUGGCCCGUGGUAUUGAUGUCCAACAAGUGUCUUUGGUUAUCAACUAUGAUUUGCCCACAAACCGUGAAAACUACAUUCACAGAAUUGGUCGUGGUGGUCGUUUCGGUCGUAAGGGUGUCUCUAUCAACUUCAUCUCUGGUGAUGAUGUUCGUGCUAUGAGAGACAUUGAACAAUUCUACAAUACUCAAAUUGAAGAAAUGCCCAUGAAUGUUGCUGAUCUUAUCUAAGAAAAACAAAGGCUUCAUCUUGUGUGUAUAUAUAUAUUUUAUAUUUCUAACAACCCAAAAAAAACAAUAAAAAAGAAAAAAGGU